AUGGAGAGCAAGCCAGCAGUGAAUGGCCACGCUGUCCCCAGCUUUCCCGGGGAAGACACGCCAGGGAGAAGCCCCUCGUGCCCGGAGGCGAUGCCGCGCAAACAGCCGAGAGCAGCCGGCGGGGCCGCGGCGGGGCCGGAUGCUCCCGGGGAGCCCUCGGAGGCAGCUGGCAGCAUCGCUGGCGUGUAUGUAGAGGCUUCAAAGAAGAUAAUGAGCUUUUAUGAGGCCACCAGAGAGCACCUCCUGAGCCUGGAGCCGGCCCUCAGCCUCCUGGAGGCCCAGGCAGCCACGGGCUUGGUCGCCGACCCGGUGACGCGCCGGCGCGUCUCGGUGGCAGACGCCGUGCGCCUGGGGCUGGUGGGGCUGGAGCUGAAGGAGAGGCUGCUGGCAGCAGAGAGGGCUGCCACUGGCUUCCUGGACCCCUACACAGAGGAGAAAAUCCCCCUGUACCAGGCGAUGCAGAAGGAGCUGGUGGGUUGGGAGCAGGGCACGCAGCUGCUCCAGGCACAGAUGGCAACCGGGGGCGUCAUCGACCCGGCCACCGGGGCUCGACUGCCGGCGGAUGUGGCCUGUGAGAGGGGGUAUUUGGACGAAGAGAUGAGCCGGCACCUCUCCGACCCCAGCCACGAGGACAGCAGAGGGUUCCUCGAUCCCAGCACUACGGAGAAGGUCACCUAUUCGGAGCUCAGGAAGAGGUGUGUCGUGGAUCCGGCCUCGGGCUUCCUCCUCCUGCCCCUGCAAAUCACGUUCCCGGGGCUGGGAGGGAGGGUGAGCAGCAGGGACCUGCGGGACUCGGGCAUCAUCAGCCACGACGUGUUCCGAGGCCUCGAGGAGGGAACGGUCUCUGCGCAGGAGUUGGCAGAGAACGACGUCGUCCAGCAGUUCCUGCGUGGGACGAGGAGUGUGGCCGGGGUUGUCCUGCCUUCUGGGGAGCAGAGGAGCCUUUACCAAGCACUGAGAGAGCAUCUCCUCGUGCCUGGUGCUGCUCUGAUGCUCCUGCAAGUCCAGGCCUCCACCGGCAGCCUGACAGACCCCCUGAAGAACAAAACCUACUCAGUGGAUGAGGCUGUCAGGGUCGGUUUUAUCGGCCCAGAGCUUCAUGAGAAACUGUCUUCGGCUGAGAAAACCGUCACUGGAUACAGAGACCCCUCCACUGGGGAGAUGCUCUCCCUGUUCCAAGCCAUCAGGAAGGGAUUUGUCCCCAGGGACCACGGCCUCUGCCUUCUGGAGGCUCAGAUGGCCACGGGGGGUGUGAUCGCUCCGGGCAGGCACCUCCGUGUCCCCACAGAGACGGCCUGCGAGUGGGGGUACCUGGAUGAGGCCACCAGACAGCUCCUCUCCAGCCCUCCUGACCACAUGAAAGGGUUCUUUGACCCCAGCUCCAAGGAAAAGCUGAGUUAUUCGGAGCUACUCCAGCGCUGCGUCACCGACCCCGGCACGGGGCUCCUGCUGCUGCCACUUGGUGGGGACGGUGGUGAAGGACCCCAGGGAACCCCCCUUUUCUUUGACCACAGGGCCCAAAUGGCUCUGGAAAACACACGGGUGCCCAUUUCUGUAGGGAAGUUCAAGGGCAAGUCGGUGUCCCUCUGGAAACUCCUCUUCUCUGACCACGUCCCUGGUGAGCGAAGAGCUGCCCUCGCCCAGCAGUUCCUGUCGGGAGCACUCUCCGCACAAGGACUGGGUGAGGCCGUCAGAGCUGCCGUCGAGGAAACGGCUGCCACUGCCAACGUCACCUUCGAGGGCCUGAGGGACCAGGUGACGGCCGACCAGCUCCUGAGCUCGGAAAUCAUCAACAAAGACUUGUUUAAGAAGCUCAAGGAGGGUGAAACGUCAGCCAAAGAAGUCGUGGGCAUGGACACGGUCAGGAAGUACCUGCAGGGCACGGGGAGCAUCGCUGGGCUGCUGCUCCCCGACUCCCAGGAGAAGAUCAGCAUCUACCAGGCCAAGAGGAAAGGACUUCUAAGGCCAGGGACGUCUCUGAUCCUCCUGGAGGCACAGGCUGCCACGGGGUUUGUCAUCGACCCCACCGCCAACAAAAGGUAUUCCGUGGACGAGGCCUUGCGGGCGAACGUCAUCGGCCCGGACGUUUACGACAAGCUGCUGGCUGCGGAGAAAUCAGUCACCGGCUACAGAGAUCCCUACUCAGGGAGCAAGAUCUCCCUCUUCCAGGCCAUGCAGAAGGAGCUGAUCGUCAGGGACCACGGCAUCCGCCUGCUCGAGGCCCAGAUCGCCACCGGCGGCAUCAUCGACCCCGUGCACAGCCACCGCCUGCCCGUGGAGGUGGCCUACAAACGGGGCUACUUCGACAAGAAGAUGAAUUUAAUCCUGUCCGACCCCAGCGACGACACCAAGGGCUUCUUCGACCCCAACACCCACGAGAACCUGACCUACCUGCAGCUGAAGGAGAAGUGCAUCACCGAGCCCUCCACCGGGCUCUGCCUCCUCCCUCUGAACAGCAGGAAGCGCCAGUUCAUCGACGAGGCCACCAGGAAGGUGUUCAGGAGCUCCUGGCUGUCCGUCAGGUUCGGGCGCCUGCGGGGGGAGAAGGUCUCUGUGUGGGACCUGCUGAACUCCGAGUACUUCAGCGAGGGGAGGCGCCGGGAGAUUUUCAACCACUUCCAGCUGAGGAAGCUCAGCCUGGAGCAAAUCCGACUCCUGCUGGAGGAGGAAAUGAAGAAGUGGGCCCCCAUCAAGUUCCCGGCCAUGCGGGGCAGCGUCAGUGCUUACCACCUGAUGGAAACGGGCGUCAUCGACAGGGCCCUGUUUGAGAGGGUGCUGGAGGGAUCCGUCACCCCAGAGCAGGUCCUGCACAUGGACUCUGUCAGGAAGUACCUCUAUGGCUCGGGCAGCAUCGGGGGGAUCGUGCUCCAGCCAUCGAACCAGAGGAUGAGCAUUUACGAGGCCAUGAAGCAGAACAUUGUGGUGCCAGGAGUGGCCCUGCCCCUGCUGGAGGCCCAGGCUGCCACGGGCUUCAUCAUCGACCCCGUGAACAACCAGAAGCUCCGUGUGGACGAGGCCGUCAGGGAGGGAGUCAUCGGCCCGGACGUCCACGAGAAGCUGCAGCACGCGGAGGGGGCCGUGACGGGCUACAGAGACCCUUUCACGGGCAAGAAGAUCCCCCUCUUCCAGGCCAUGAAGAAGGGCCUGAUCACGGACAAACAGGCCAUGCAGCUCAUGGAGGUGCAGAUGGCCACAGGAGGCAUCAUUGACCCAGCGUGUGGCCACCACAUCCCCCUGGAGUCGGCCCAGCAGCGAGGGUGCCUGGAUGAGGACACGAGCAAGGCCCUUUCCAAACCCAGUGAGGAGCACAGAGCCUUCUGCCUCCCGGACAGCAAAGAGUCCGUGACCUACGCUGAGCUAAUCCAGCACUGCCAGAAGGACGACGUCUCCGGCUUCCACUUGCUGCCUCUGCCCCAGACAGCCGCUCCUGCCUACACCGAUGAGCAAAUCCAACAGAUUUUCAAGGAAACCACGGUGAAGGAGAAAGGGGUUUCCCUCUGGGAGCUCAUCCACUCGGGGUAUUUCACUGAGGAGCAGAGGGGCGACUUCGUGGAGAGGUUCCGCUCCGAGGACCUGUCGCUGCAGCAGCUGGUGGCUCUUGUGCUCAGGCUCGUGGGGGACAUGGAGAUGAAGGCCCGGACCCAGAUGUCCCUGGAGGGCCUGCGGGGCAGUGUCCCCGUGGUCUGGCUGCUGGACACUGGCAUCAUUUCUGAGAAGACGUUUGAAGAGCUGGCUCAGGGCAUUAGAACUCCCGAGGAAGUGGCUGCGAUGGAGGGCGUGAAGAGGUACCUGCAGGGCACGGGCAGCAUCGCCGGCGUCUUCAUAGAGGCGUCCAAACAGAAGAUGAGCUUCUACGAUGCCAUGAAAAACAACCUCCUCCUCCCCGGGGCUGCUCUGAGGCUACUGGAGGCUCAGGCAGCCACAGGAUACCUGACUGACCCUGCAACGAGCCGCAGGCUCAGCGUGAGGGACGCUGUGAGAGCGGCUGUUGUGGGCGAAGAGCUCACCGAGAAACUCCUCCUCGCCGAGCGGGCCGUGACGGGGUACACGGAUCCCUACACGGGGGGCUCCAUCUCCCUGUGCCAGGCGCUCAGGAAGGAGCUGAUCCCCCUGGCAGAGGCUGUUCCCUUGCUGGAGGCCCAGCUGGCCACGGGAGGGGUCGUCGAUCCCAUCCACCACCUCCACCUGCCGCUCCAGGCCGCGUGCAGGUACGGCUUCUACGACGAGGGCAUGAACCAGACCCUGUCUCAGCUGAACGACAGCACCAAGGCCUUUUUUGAUCCCAACACCAAGGAGAACGUGACCUACCAGCAGCUGAAGGAGCGGUGCAUUCGCGAGCCCGAGUCGGGGCUGUGGCUCCUCCCGCUGUCGGAAAACUCCAUGUUCUGUGUGGAUGAACAGACCAUGGAAGUGCUGAAGUCUGUGACUGUCUGCGUCAACGUGGGGCGGUUCAAGGGACAGACAGUGUCUGUCUGGGACCUCCUCAACUCCGAAUACUUCUCAGACAGCAAGAGGAGGGAGCUGGUGCGAAAGUACAAAGAUGAGAAGACCGAAGUGCUGCAGGAGAUCACAACGAUUAUCACCACGAUCAUCCAAGAGACCGAGGCACAAGGCAAGAAGUUUGCAUUCCAGGGCCUGCGGAAAAGAGUAUCUGCCAGUGACCUCUUCCAGUCCCAACUCAUAGACAAAAAGACCCUCGACGAGCUCAACCAGGGGAAGAAAACUGUCAAAGAAGUCACUGAGAUGGAGUCUGUCCGCAGGUACCUGGAGGGCAGCAAUUUCAUAGCAGGGGUCCUCAUACAGCCAAGCAACGAGAAGAUGAGCAUCUACCAGGCCAUGUGGAAGGGCAUCCUGAGGCCAGGGACUGCCCUGGUGCUGCUGGAGGCGCAGGCAGCCACCGGCUACAUCAUCGACCCCGAGAAAAACCAGAAGUUUUCCGUGGAGGAAGCGUUAAAGGAGGGUCUGAUCGGAGGGGAGAUUUUUGAAAAGCUGCUCUGCGCAGAGAGAGCCGUGACGGGCUACACCGACCCCUACACCAAAGCCCCGAUGUCCCUGUUCGAAGCCAUGAACCAGGGGCUGAUUGUGAAGAGCCACGGCAUCCGCCUGCUCGAGGCCCAGAUCGCCACCGGCGGCAUCAUCGACCCCGUGCACAGCCACCGCCUGCCCGUGGAGGUGGCCUACAAACGGGGCUACUUCAACCAGGAGAUGAACCAGAUCCUGUCCGACCCCAGCGACGACACCAAGGGCUUCUUCGACCCCAACACCCACGAGAACCUGACCUACAUGCAGCUGCUGGAGAGGUGCGUCCAAGACCCCGAGACUGGGCUGUACAUGCUGCAAGUUGUAAAGGAAGGAGGGAAGUACUUCUACAUUGACGAGUCCACAAAACAGGCUCUGCGCUCGAAGCCCCUCCAGGUGAAGGUCGGCAAGUUCAAGGGCCAGACGGUUUCCGUCUGGGAAGUGCUCUGCUCUCACUACAUCUCGGAGCAGAAAAGGAAAGAGCUGGUGAUGCAGUACAAGAGCAAAACCCUGACACUGGAAAAUCUGAUAUCCCUCAUCUUGAAAAUCAUCGAGGACACGGAGCAAAGAGCAGAAGCCCUCAAGGUCAAGGGACUGCGGGGGGAGGUGUCGGUGUCAGAACUGUUCAACUCCGAGAUAAUCGACAAGAAAACCCUGGACCAGCUGCACGAUGGGAGUCUCACACUUGCCGCCCUCACAAAGAGGGACAGCAUCCAAAGGUACCUGGACGGCACCGGGAGCAUCGCCGGGGUUCUUCUCCCACAGAGGAAGGAGAAGAUGAGCAUCUACCAGGCACUGAAGAAGGGCCUCCUCACAGAGCAGUGUGCACUGGGGCUGCUGGAAGCACAGGUGGCCACCGGCUUCCUCAUCGACCCCCUGAGCAACCAGAAGCUCCCGGUGGGCGAGGCCGUGGCGUCUGGGCUGGUGGGCAGCGAACUGCACGAGCCGCUGCUGCUGGCAGAGAAAGCCGUGACGGGAUACACGGAUCCUCAAACGGGAGAUAAAAUAUCCCUCUUCCAGGCCGUGAGGCAGAAGAGAACAGCCAGGGACCACGGCAUCCGCCUGCUCGAGGCCCAGCUCGCCACCGGCGGCAUCGUCGACCCCGCGCACGGCCACCGCCUGCCCCUGGAGGUGGCCUAUCGGCGCGGGCACCUGGACGAGGACACGUUCCUCCUGCUCUCGGACCCAGACCACGGCAGCAAAGGCUUCAUAGACCCAAACACCCGCGAGAAGAUCAGCUACAGUCAGCUCCUGCAGAGGUGUGCCAAGGACGGGGAGAGCGGCUUGUACCUGCUGCAGGUCCUGGAAAAGCAGGACGACUAUUUCUACGUCGACGAGCAAACGAAGAACACCCUGCUGUGUACAAUGGUCCAAGUGCCCGUGGGGAAAUACAAGGGACAAGUGUUGUCUCUGUGGGAACUUCUCUGCUCCGAGUACAUCACGGAGGAGAAAAGGAAAGAACUGCUGAAAAAAUACAAAGCGGAAUCUCAACACAUACUGCAAGGAAUCAUUGAGAUAAUACUGAAGAUCAUCAGGGAAAAAGAGGAGGACAGAAGUGAUGUCUGGUUCCAGGGGAUCCGACAGCAAAUAACAGCGUCAGAACUGCUCAGUGCACAAAUAAUUACAGAGGAAACCGUAGAAAAACUCCACGAAGGAAAAGAGACGGCUCAGGAAAUAGCACAGAUGGACAGUGUGAGGAGAUACCUCGAGGGAACUGGAAGCAUUGCCGGCGUGCUGGUGCCCUCCAAGGCUGAUCCCAGCAAGAUGGAGAAGAUGAGCAUCUACCAGGCCAUGUGGAAGGGCAUCCUGAGGCAGGGCACGGCCCUGGUGCUGCUGGAGGCGCAGGCGGCCACGGGCUUCAUCAUUGACCCAGUCAACAACCAGAAGCUGUCGGUGGACGAGGCUGUGUCGGCCGGGCUGGUGGGCAGCGAGCUACAAAAGAAACUUCUCAGUGCAGAGAGAGCAGUGACAGGAUACACCCACCCCUGCACAGGGCAAAAGAUGUCCCUCUUCCAGGCCAUGCAGAAGGAUCUCAUCGUCAGGGACCACGGCAUCCGCCUGCUCGAGGCCCAGAUCGCCACCGGCGGCAUCAUCGACCCCGUGCACAGCCACCGCCUGCCCGUGGAGGUGGCCUACAAACGGGGCUACUUCGACCAGGAGAUGAACCAGAUCCUGUCUGACCCCACCGACGACACCAAGGGCUUCUUCGACCCCAACACCCACGAGAACCUGACCUACGUGCAGCUGCUGCGCCGCUGCGUCCCCGACCCCGACACGGGGCUGCUCAUGCUGCAGCUGAUGGACAAGGGCUCCAAGGAGAAGGAGAAGGAGAAGGAGCUGGAGCUGGAGCUGGAGCGGUCCCUCAAGUCCCACACUGUCGAGGUCUCUGCAGGCGACUUCCAGGGCAGGAAGGUGUCCCUGUGGGAGCUCCUCUUCUCCCACUACGUGUCCCAGGCCAAGCGGCAGGAGCUGCUGGGGCGGGUGCGGGCCGGGAGCCUGGCGCUGGCCGAGCUGGCCACGCUGCUCAGCCGGCUGGUGGAGGAGGCGGCGCAGCGCAGCAGCAGCGUGAAGUUCACGGGCCUGCGCAGGCAGGUGACGGCCUCGGACCUGCUGGACUCGGGCAUCAUCGACAGGGACACACUGGCCCAGCUGGUGCAGGGCUCCAGGACGGUGCAGGAGGUGACCCAAAUGGCCUCCGUCAAGCGCUACCUGGACGGCACGGGCGUCAUCGCCGGCGUGCUGGUGCCCUCCAAGGCCGACCCCGGCAAGAUGGAGAAGAUGAGCAUCUACCAGGCCAUGUGGAAGGGCAUCCUGAGGCAGGGCACGGCCCUGGUGCUGCUGGAGGCGCAGGCGGCCACGGGCUUCAUGGUGGACCCCGUGAGCAACCAGAAGCUGUCGGUGGACGAGGCCGUGUCGGCCGGGCUGGUGGGCAGCGAGCUGCAGGAGAAGCUGCUGUCGGCCGAGCGGGCCGUGACGGGCUACUCCGACCCCUACACGGGCGACAAGAUCUCCCUCUUCCAGGCCAUGCAGAAGGAGCUCAUCGUCAGGGACCACGGCAUCCGCCUGCUCGAGGCCCAGAUCGCCACCGGCGGCAUCAUCGACCCCGUGCACAGCCACCGCCUGCCCGUGGAGGUGGCCUACAAACGGGGCUACUUCGACCAGGAGAUGAACCAGAUCCUGUCUGACCCCACUGAUGACACCAAGGGCUUCUUCGACCCCAACACCCACGAGAACCUGACCUACGUGCAGCUGCUGCGCCGCUGCGUCCCCGACCCCGACACGGGGCUGCUCAUGCUGCAGCUGAUGGACAAGGGCUCCGUGCUCCACCAGCUCACCGAGGACGCCCGCAAAGCCCUGCAGGCCGCCCGCACCACCCUCAGCCUGGGGCUCUUCCAGGGCCAGAGCGUCACCCUCUGGGAGCUCCUCUUCUCCCGCUACGUCCCCGACCACCGGCGCCAGGACCUCCUGCGCAGGUACAAGGCGGGGACGGUCACCACAGCCGAGAUGAUCGACAUCCUCACCACCAUCGUCACCAGGGCCGAGGCCCAGGGCCUUGGGGCUGACCUGGCCCCUAACAGCACACAGCAAGAUGAACCACCAAAGCCAGGCCAGAACGGUGAGGCCACAGGAUCCCAGCAGGACUGGAAACAGGAGAAGGAGCUGGAGAAGGAGAAGGAGAAGGAGCUGGAGCUGGAGCUGGAGCGGUCCCUCAAGUCCCGCACUGUCGAGGUCUCAGCAGGCGACUUCCAGGGCAGGAAGGUGUCCCUGUGGGAACUCCUCUUCUCCCACUACGUGUCCCAGGCCAAGCGGCAGGAGCUGCUGGGGCGGGUGCGGGCCGGGAGCCUGGCGCUGGCCGAGCUGGCCACGCUGCUCAGCCGGCUGGUGGAGGAGGCGGCGCAGCGCAGCAGCAGCGUGAAGUUCACGGGCCUGCGCAGGCAGGUGACGGCCUCGGACCUGCUGGACUCGGGCAUCAUCGACAGGGACACGCUGGCCCAGCUGGAGCAGGGCUCCAGGACGGUGCAGGAGGUGACCCAAAUGGCCUCCGUCAAGCGCUACCUGGACGGCACGGGCGUCAUCGCCGGCGUGCUGGUGCCCUCCAAGGCCGACCCCGGCAAGAUGGAGAAGAUGAGCAUCUACCAGGCCAUGUGGAAGGGUAUCCUGAGGCAGGGCACGGCCCUGGUGCUGCUGGAGGCGCAGGCGGCCACGGGCUUCAUGGUGGACCCCGUGAGCAACCAGAAGCUGUCGGUGGACGAGGCCGUGUCGGCCGGGCUGGUGGGCAGCGAGCUGCAGGAGAAGCUGCUGUCGGCCGAGCGGGCCGUGACGGGCUACUCCGACCCCUACACGGGCGACAAGAUCUCCCUCUUCCAGGCCAUGCAGAAGGAGUUGAUCGUCAGGGACCACGGCAUCCGCCUGCUCGAGGCCCAGAUCGCCACCGGCGGCAUCAUCGACCCCGUGCACAGCCACCGCCUGCCCGUGGAGGUGGCCUACAAACGGGGCUACUUCGACCAGGAGAUGAACCAGGUCCUGUCUGACCCCACCGAUGACACCAAGGGCUUCUUCGACCCCAACACCCACGAGAACCUGACCUACGUGCAGCUGCUGCGCCGCUGCGUCCCCGACCCCGACACGGGGCUUUAUUUCCUUAAAAUUCUUAGAUAAUACUUGCAAAACCUUUUGAUAUUUCUGUUUG